AUGGCUACUAAAUCCAUCCCCACUCGCAGUGGUGCUCCAGACAAAAAUAUCUCAGUCGGUGCUCCCAACCAAACACUAUACUGUACCAAUCUUCCGGACAAGCUUCGCAAGUAUGAUCUGCGGCUCUCCCUAUACAUGCUUUUUUCGACGUACGGAACUGUUCUUGAUGUCGUCGCCAUGAAAAAUGAAAAGAUGCGCGGGCAAGCACACAUUGUAUUCAAGGACGUACAAGCCAGCACACAGGCGAUGCGCGCUCUUCAAGGCUUUGAAUUCUUCGGUAAAGAAAUGCGAAUUGUUUACGCCAAAGGUGCCUCAGACGUGAUUGCGAAAUUGCGCGGUACUUAUAGUGCUGGUAUACCUGGCGUCACAUCAGCAGCAGCUGUCUCGACGGAUCUACAGAAGUCAAUCUUCCAAGGCCCUCCAGGAGCAGCCGCUUUACCCGUUAAGCCUACCCAGGCUCCCAAUGGCGAACCCCACGGCACAAAGCGACCCCGUACAGAAGAAAGCGAUGAGGAAGAGGCACCAAUGGAUGAAGAUAGCGAUGUGCCUAUGGAGGCCUCUUCGGACGAGGAUUAG